CGCUCGCCGUCUCCUUGGCGCUGCCGGACCUUCCCGAGCGGCCCCGCGCGCAACGCGCCUCCCGCACCGCACCGCACAGCCCUCGGCCACGCCGCGGGGCCGCUCUUCAGAGCCCUUGAGGAGGGGCGCGGGCGGGCGCCGGUGGCCCCCUGGGAGUUGUGGUUCGCCCGGCGGAAGAUGGAACCCCACGAGCCCCACCACCACCACCACCUGCAGCACCACCAGCAGCCGCUGCCGCCGCCCCAGCUGCAGCGCCCUCGCCCGCACACCGUCACCACCACCGCCAGCUCCUUCACGGUCAACUUCGCGUCCACCUCCAGCGCCCUCGCUUACGACAGGGACUUCCUGAGGACUCUGCCCGGGAUCCUCAUGGUGCUGGAGAUUGGUCUAGGAUUGCUGGUAUGGACACUGAUCGCUGGAACAGAAUAUUUCCUGUAUCCUGUCUUUGGCUGGGUGAUGUUUGUGGCUGUAUUUUAUUGGGUUCUUACACUCUUCUUUUUAAUCAUCUACAUGACAAUGACUUACACCAGGAUUCCACAGGUGCCUUGGACCACUGUGGGUCUGUGUUUUAAUGGGAGUGCCUUUAUUUUGUACCUCAUCGCUGCCAUUGUAGAAUCAUCUGCAGUCACCAAAGAUUUGCACAGCCACAACUACAACAGCUGGGCAGCUUCAUCGUUCUUUGCCUUUGCUGUCACAUUCUGCUACGCUGGAAAUACCUAUUUUAGUUUUAUAUCUUGGAGAUCACGGACCUUGCAAUAAAUAUUCUCUCGAAAGAAACACAUGUAGGUGUAAUAUGUGUCAAGAUCUAUACUAUGUCACUGAGGUUUGGGUUGUUUUUUUUAAAACAGCAUAUGUGUAGAGUAAUGCUGCGCAUUCAGAAGUGAACCCCAAUGCCUUCAUUCAAACCAGGAUUUGUCUAAUAAGAACACACUGUGGGUUUCCUCUUCUCUCUCCAUUGGGCAUACUAGUGCCUUCUUCCUCAUCUUGGCUCACAAGAAUCAUAACUUGGUGUAACAUCCAAAUUGGCAAACUAACCAGCGUUUGCCUCUAAACUACAAUCAUAUCACAAUCUGAAGCAGGGUUCUGAUUCGAGUUGGGAAGCAAACCAUGGGGUUGGAUCUGGACAGCUUUUUCACUCUUAUCCAGUUCCUCUCCAUCCUACACCCCCGUCCCACAUGGCUUUUGUACAUGUAAGUCGUAUGAGUCUCAGAAUUGCCAUUUUGGGUAGUCGUUAAGAGGACACCUCCUUCCUUUUUCACCAGCAGGAAAAGUUGGUUGACUCCAACAGAUGCCUAUCUAUAACCACAGUGUGGCUAAUUUGAAUGUCAUGGCAAGCAGUUCCUUUCCUCUGCAGGGGUGCAUAGGAUUGGCUUACACUCUGAAAGAGGGAGCCCACAACAUGUUUGCAACAGCCAUGUUAGUUUGGCUGUGACAUGA